AUGGGUGCUCUGGGUGUCACCCUCAUGGGGUGGAUGGGCUGCCUGGACGCCGGGGCCGUGUUGGCCGCGGGGGCCGCCGUGUCCCCCCGGGUGGGCGCGGGGCGGGUGCUGGCGGCUCUGGGGGCCCUGGUGCUGCGCGGCCGCUGCCUGCGCCCCACGGGCCCCCCCGCGGCACCCGCCGGCACCCCCCGGACCCCCGGGACACCCAUUGGGAGCAGUGAUGGGCACCCCGAGGCGCUGCCCUGGGCCACGCUGAGCCUGGACCCCCCCGAGGUGCUGCUGGAGAUGUCCCAGCUCGGGGACACCCCGACCCCCCCCCGGACCCCCCCCGACCCCCUCCCCCGCCACGGAGACCCCACCACGGACCCCACGGGCAAUGUCACCGCGGCCCCCGGCCCCACGGACCAGCUCAGCACCCUCCAGAGGUAUGCGCUGGGCUCCGCGGCGGGGCUGGUGCUGGCGCUGGCGCCGCUCCUGGCGCUGCUGCUGCUCCGCUGCCCCCUGCGCGCCGGGACGUGGCGGUGGCUGCACCCGCUGCUGCUGGGGGGGGCGGCCGGAGCCCUCAGCGGGGACGGGAUCCUGCACCUCCUGCCGCAGGUGCUGGGGCUGCACGAUCACGGGGGGGCCGGAGACGUGGGGCACGAGGACGGGGGGGCCGCUGAGCCCCACUGGAAGCUGAUGACGGUGCUGGGGGGCAUCUAUGGGGCGUUCCUGCUGGAGAGGCUGGGGGGGGGCCUGCUGAUCCCCGACGAGGUAAAGGUGGAUGACACCAACCUCGACCAGAGCACAGAGGAGCUGCAGAGCAGGAGCCGGUGGGUGCUGCCGGUGAUGACGUCAGUGGGCGCGGCCGCGCACAGCCUCGCGGACGGGCUCGCGCUCGGCGCCGCCUUCGCGGGCUCGUGGCGGGCGGGGGCGGCGGCGGGGGCGGGGCUGCUGCUGCACGAGCUGCCGCACGCGCUGGGGGACGCGGCGGUGCUGGCGCAUGCGCCCUCGGCCCGGGCGCGGCGGCGCGCGCUGUGGCUGCGCGUGGCGGGGGCGGCGCCGGCGCUGCCCGGGCUGUGGGCGGGGCUCGCGCUGGGCGGGGGCGGGGCCGGCGCGUGGGUGCGCGCGGCGGCGGCGGGAGCGGUUCUGCACCUCGCCAUGGCCGACAUGCUGCCGGCGCUGCUGGCGAUGAGGGACCCGCACCCAUGGGUGCUGCUGGGGGUGCAGAGCCUGGGGCUGGCGCUGGGCUGGGGCACGCUGCUGCUGCUGGCGCUGUACGAGGACAGCAUCGUCCUGUGAGCACCCACGGGGGCACCCAGCGGCACCCAGCACCAGCGGGGGCACCCAUCAUCAGCCAGUGUCAACAGCGGCACCCAGUGUCAACGGGGGCACCCAGCGGCACCCAGCACCAGUGGGGGCACCCAGCACCAACGGGGGCACCCAGCGUCAACAAGGGCACCCAGCGUCAACGGGCAUCACCCAAUGUCAACGGGGGCACCCAGCGUCACCCAGCGUCAACAGGGGUACCCAGCAUCACCCAGCGUCAACGGGGGCACCCAGUGUCACCCAGCAUCAACAGGGGCACCCAACAUGAACUGGGGUCACCCAAUGUCAACAGGGGGCACCCAACUGGCAUCACCCCAUGUCAACCGGUGUCACCCAACAUCACCUGGUACCACCCAAUGGUGAUGCAGAUGGUGGCACCCAAUGUCAAUGGUGUCAACCAGCAUCACCCAACGUCAAACUGGUGUCACCCAACAUCAACUGGUACCACCCAAUGCCAACUGGGGGGCACCCAACGUCAAACCGGUGCCACCCAACGCGAACUGGUGUCACCCAAUGUCAACUGGUGUUACCCAAUGUCAAACUGGUGCCACCCAACAUCAGCCAGAGUCACCCAACCAGUAUCGCCCAACGUCAACCGGCGUCACCCAGCGUCAACUGGGGUCACCCAACACGAACUGGGGUCACCCAACCAGCAUCCCCCAAUGUCAACUGGUGUCACCCAGUGCCAAUGGUGACACCCAACGUCACCCAACAUCAACCAGCGUCACUCCCUAUGAACUGGCAUCACCCAGCGCCAAUGGUGUCACCCAACGUCACCCAACAUCACCCAACGUCAACCGGCGUCACCCUCCAUGAACUGGCGUCACCCAGUGCCAAUGGUGUCACCCAGCGCCGAUGGUGUCGCCCCACAUCUCCCACCCCCCGGUGUCACCCGCCCCCCCCGGCCCCAGCACGGGGACCCCAAUAAAGGCGGCGCUGGUUGGGCUGGA